AGAAGCGCAGUGAUGUAACUUCCGGCGGUUAAAAAAAAAACAAAAAAAAACACAACAACAAAAAUGAGCCGCAAUGAAGCCGAACCGAGAAAGCUCAGCUAACGCCGAAAUUAACAUGUGUAACGUUCAAGUUCGUCGGUGAAUUACUGAACGGCACCGUGAACUAAUGCGGGCUCGUCCGUCAGCUAUUCUACACCAUGAAUUUAAGAGGACUCUUUCAGGACUUCAACCCCAGUAAGUUCCUGAUCUACUCCUGCCUGCUGCUCUUCUCCGUGCUGCUGUCCUUGAGGCUGGAUGGAGUCAUCCAGUGGAGCUACUGGGCCGUGUUCACCCCGAUAUGGCUGUGGAAGCUGCUGGUCAUCAUCGGGGCCUCCGUCGGCACCGGAGUCUGGGCACACAACCCCCAGUACAGGGCCGAAGGGGAGACGUGUGUGGAGUUCAAAGCCAUGCUGAUCGCCGUGGGGCUCCACGUCCUGCUGCUGAUGUUCGAGGUGUUGGUGUGCGACCGCGUGGCGAGGGGGAACUACUCCUGGCUCCUGGUCUUCAUGCCGCUCUUCUUCGUGUCGCCCGUCUCCGUGGCGGCGUGCGUCUGGGGGUUCAGACACGACCGCUCCCUCGAGCUGGAGGUGCUGUGUUCCGUUAACAUCCUCCAGUUCAUCUUCAUCGCUCUGAGGCUGCACCGGAUCAUCAUUUGGCCUUGGCUGGUGGUGUGUGUCCCGCUGUGGAUCCUGAUGUCCUUCCUGUGCCUCGUGGUCCUCUACUACAUCAUCUGGUCCGUCCUCUUCCUCCGCUCCAUCGACAUCAUCGCCGAGCAACGGCGGACUCACAUCACCAUGGCGAUCAGUUGGAUGACCAUCGUCGUGCCCCUUCUCACUUUUGAGAUCCUUCUGGUGCACAAGCUGGACGGCCACAACAGUCUGAGCUACGUGUGCGUGUUCGUCCCGCUGUGGCUCUCCCUUCUCACGCUCAUGGCCACCACCUUUGGCCAGAAGGGGGGGAACCACUGGUGGUUCGGGAUCCGUAAGGACUUCUGCCACUUCCUGUUGGAGCUCCUCCCCUUCCUCCGAGAGUACGGCAACGUGUCCUACGACCUCCAGCACAGCGAGGACCCCGAGGCGGUCGAGGACAUGCCCGUUCCCGAGCCGCCGCCGAAGAUCGCCCCCAUGUUCCACAAGAAGACCGGCGUGGUGAUCACGCAGAGCCCCGGGAAAUACUUUGUCCCGCCCCCUAAACUCUGCAUCGACAUGCCCGACUAAGUGUCCAUCAGAGGGGACCGCUGAGGACACUCGUUUGGUUCCCCCUCCCCCUCCCCUAAACGCUGCAUCACUAUGGCUGUCUAGAGACGAUGAUCAAUGGAUCCCCAUGUCGGCUGUUUAUUCCUAAAGUAAAGACCGCCCUGCCUAACUCUUUGUUUUUCACCGUGUUGCUUACGAUGGAUUAUUUUUUUUGGGGGGGGGGGGGGGGGGGGGUUGAAACCCUGAACACAAGUGUCUCCGAUCUAAAAUUAUUUAGGUUGACGCGACCGCUGAGACAAAUCAGAAGAGCUGGAUGGUCAGGAUGGGAGCCAAUGGAGACUCCAGCUGGAACAAUGAACUCACAUUUAACCGGAACAGUUGGAGAAAAACGAGGGCGGUGGAGGUUAAAGGGUUCGGGAGGAGAUCUGCAUGGAGAGGUGGAGCGCUGACGGAGCGAUGCGACCGACACCUUUGAGUCCCGUCUCACUUGUCAGGUGUUUGUUGUUGUUGUUGUAAAUAGCAUAAGUUGUCACGUCGGGGGGACCAUGGUGGAAAGUUUGAGCUGUACAAAAAAACAACAAAAGGAAACAAUCAUCCACUUUUUUUUCCUUUUUUUUUAAUUAAACAUACGAGACAUUCUUAAAUUGAA